AUGGCGUCUCUUCUACACUUGGGCCCGGCCACUUCGGCCAUGCGAAAGCAGGCCACUGCCAUCCCUCUUCGCGUCAGCUCUGCACAAUCCGUGGCUUCCGUUCAGACAUGUAGUUCAUUUUCCACAUUAUGUCCUCAGACAAGGUUGUCGGUUUCACAUUCUCACCCUCAAAUCUCACUAUCCUCGGCCUUCAAGACCUCUCUCCCUACCUGCCAAAGCCGCACUUUCCUCACCCAACUCCGUCGUCAAGCGCAAGCCCUGAAAGAACAAUCCCCGUCGGCACACGCGACCCCAGUCAAACCCUCCAAGAACCCUAGCCCGCCUUUGAAGCUCGAUAAUCUCCCUUAUUUCGUUCGCCGUUCCGCCUCCAACAAGCUGCCUGUCUAUACCGACACCAAGGCCGGUGGUACGAAGAAGCUCACCAAGAUCCAGAAGACAGAGGGUGAUCUGGAUCAACUCCGCAACGACCUGGCUUGCGCACUGGGUGUUGUCGAUGGCCACAAGCCUAACCCCGAUGUUGCCAUUAACCGUCUUACUGGUCACAUCGUUGUCAAGGGUUGGCGCAAACCUGAGAUUCUGAAAUUCCUCGAGGAACGCAAAUUCUAA